AUGCCAGAAGAAGUUCAGUCAGCUGUUGCUAACAGCAAGAGACCUGCUCCUGACAAGCGUCGCCAGAUGAUAAGAGUCCUUGUGGACAAAAUUAGGAAGCAUGACACUAACCCAACACGCAGUGAAUGUCUCAUCAUCUGCCGCAACAUUGUGAAGCAGUAUCCCAGUAGUUCUGCAGAUAUGACACCAGGAGGAGUCAUCAUUGGUGGCGGCUUUGCUUCACUCCUUUCUCAAGUGAAAAAGAAUUGAGAACCUCACCCAUGCAGGAACAUUCAAACGACAUCGCUCAUCAAGACUGUCAGGGAAACAAGGGGGGAAUGAUUCUUAUGGAUGCGUACAAUUUCAGCCUCAACCACUACCCGAAGAAACUGAUGAGACUUUGGAGCAGAAGCGGCAACAACAAGUGGUAAACCUCAUGAAAACAACGUUCUCUCUGCAGCAUAACCAAAUCAAUCAAACACCAGCACCUUGUAUUGAGGAUUUGAGAAUCCAGUGGCCUUACCUUUUCACCCAAAGGGGAAUCUACAGCCAUUUUGAAUCACUCACAGGCAUCAAUGUCUUACAUGCCUCGGAACUAUCUAUUGAAGAAAGUGGAUCAGGGAUUGAGAAGUAUUUAAUGACAAAAGCAAAGAAUAAAGAUGCACAGUCAAUCGUCUCCCAAACCAAAGAGGGAGAGUUAAUUCUCAGCAUCAUCCAGCUGCUGAUGGCCUACUUUGAUGAGAGAAGAGAAGGACUGAUACUCUUUGCUGACGUAAGUGUUGUGGAGCAUUAUUUAAUGUAUGUAUGUAAUUUAGCUAUAAACACAUCAUUCAUUUUUCUGACACAAUUAUCCAGAUGUCCUCCACUGCAGCUGAUAUUGAGUGCACCCUGACCCUUCCAGCCAGUCCACGACUAAUACUGCUCGGUAAGUGUCAGUAUCUGGUCAUGUGUGUCAGUUAGUCAGUCUGUGUCUGUCUGUUCAGUCUGCCUAAUAGCUGUCUGUCUGUGUCUGAGUGAUAAAAUAAUUUCUUAUGCCCUUCUGUGGCAGUGUGUUGUCAUUGUAGGAGAAAAUACCCAAUAGUAGCAGUAUAACUUAUGAUACCAAAUGUAAAUAAAGUUGCAAAAAUGUAUAAAUGUAUCAUUUAGAAUUUUGAGUUCAUUGUAACCUAUUGUGAUAUCUUGAGUGACUACAUAGGUUCUUGUUAAACAAUACAUCUGAUAAUGUUUUGCAACUUCAAGAGAUUGUUGGGUGUUUUUACAUUAAGUUGUAUGAGCUCUUCUCCAUCAGUGUGGUUCAUCAGCAGUGACUUUUCCCCCACUGCGUCCCAUGAGCCAAGUCCAGGUCCGGUUUCAGCGUUGCAGAAAGUAGUCCUGUCUAGUUGCUGGGGUCACACAGAUAAAACCUUUUGCUCCAAAAAACGUCACACGUUCAAAGGAGUAAUCUAUUGCAUCAUGAAUUCUUUGCUGUGAAAAAAUCCAACCCCGCAAUCGCCCAGCAAUAUUUUGCCUCCAUUUGUAUUAACUGCCCGCAACACCGUCAGCUGUUUCAUGGUCUCCAUCCAACUUCUUCCUGUGGCUAAUGGAAAGGUGCGUGCAGUGAUGGAGGGAAAAUAGUGCCGGGUGAUUCUGAGAUUGGACUUUUUCAUUGCAAAGAAUUCAGGAUGCAAAUGGAUCACUCUUGAAUGCAUGAUUUUGGAGUAAAACAUAUUGUCUGUGUGACCUCAACAACUAAACAGAAUUAUUUUCUGCUACAGACAAACCGGGCUGAAAUCCACUCAUGGGACACAGUGGGGGAAAAGUCACUGCUGAGUAACCGCACUGGUGGAAAGGAGCUCACACAACUUUAUGUCAAAAAUCUGAACUGUCCUUUUAACCUCAAUUCUUGUCUCCAUCAGUUGCUGGUGAUGACGUUGCAUCAGGACGUUGGAUGCUGAGCAUUAAAAGCCAUGUUGUAUGUGAAGGCCCUCAAUCAGGCUUCAUCGCAGGGCUGGCUGCGGUAUUUGCCACCUACUACGUCUUCAACUUACGAUACCAGGAGGAAGCUGAAAGGACACUAGAAUUCAUUCAAAGGUAAUUCCUAUGCCACUCUUUCAUAUUGUUUGGAUGUAUGGUCCCUUUUCUCGAAGCUGCGUGAGAAAGUUACAUUUUCAUUUACUAUGAGCAACAUUUAGGUGUAUCAGUCUUUAUUAUCUAUAUUAACAUUCCAACUAAAUUUGUUCCUUUUGAUGGUGAAUUUAAGAUUGAGCUGGUAUAUGUGUUAAAGGGAUAGUUCAAUUUUAUUUGAAGAACCAGAACAGAACACAGAACCACCUGCAAACACGGUUUAAUUGUACCACUAAAACAGGCUAUUUUCUCUUCCUACAAGACCUCCCAUCUCAAAGUAAUACCACAGUUUAAAUGGACUCUCCAUUUUCACAAAAAAAGUUUACCUGGAACUAACCAGUUGGUGGUUGAGUGGUUCAGUGUGCCACAUAAAGUAUAUAUGACAUGAGUCUAUUGGUUCCAAAUGAACUUGUUGUUCUAAAAAGUUAAUGUGCUCAAAAAUGUCUGCGUCAUGUAAGGUAUUGUUAUAAUAAUGAAAAAAUAUAAAUUUUGUGCACUUGAUGGGGUUCUGCAAAAAUCCCACUGACCACACCUAAUAACUCGUGCUUUAUCUGUUAUCACACUUCAGGCGCUUCGUGGGUAUCAAUCCAGAGAGGGGGACAAAGGCCAGUCGGGGGAAGGUCACGUCCAAGAAAACUGGAAAGCUUGUUCAAAAAAAAGGAGCAACUGUGAAUCCCCAUGUGGCUACCCUCAUUAAGAACCUGGUGGACUUUGAAUGGGGCUUCAUGUAA